AUGUCUUCUGAUCUUACCACGUUCAAGGCCCUAUCAUUUGACUGCUAUGGGACUUUGAUAGACCAAGAGUCUGGCAUGAUUCGUGGCUUACAGCCUAUCAUCAGUCGUCUUCCUUUUGAAAGCGAUUACAAAAAGAAUCCUGUUUUGUUGAUCCAGCGCUUUCAUGAGCUUACCCAAGUCCUUGAAGAGGGGGAGCCUACCCUAAGCUACGGCAGUAUCGUCUCGCGCUCGUUCAAAAGUCUCACAGACGAACUUAGCAUUUCUGUACCCGAAGAAGAAAUGAAUCAUCUUGAGUCCCUACCCGGGACUUGGCUACCUUUCCCCGACACAAUUCCAGGCUUGCAAAUUUUAAAGAAACACUACAAACUCAUCAUCCUCACUAACAUGGAUAACCUCAACGCCUCUUCAACUCUAAAGCACCUCCAGCCCGCUGAAUUCGACAAGGUCUACACUGCCGAAGACAUCGGUAGUUAUAAACCCGCUAAGGCAAACUUCGACUACUUAUUUGAUCAUCUCAGAAGCGAUCUGAGCGUCGACAAGGAUUGCGGGGAAUUACUUCACGUAGCGAGAAGUUUGACUGCAGAUCACGUUCCGGCCAAACGGUUCGGACUCAGAAGUGUUUGGAUCUCCCGCGGCGGUGAAAAGAAAGAGGGAACAGGUGUCGGAGGUGAUUACGAGAGGUUGAAAGAAAAUGUGGCGUUUGAAUGGAGAUUUGAUAGCAUUGGGAAGUUUGCGGAGGAAGUCGAGAGACAAUUCGCUGAGAAGACCGCGUAG